CAUAAAUCAUGUAGAUCUUCAACUUGCACCAAUCCAAGAACAUUCCGAGCCGUUAUCCGAUGAGUGAGAUGCACUAGGAGGGACGUUUGUUGUGUGUAGCCGAGCCGAGGAGAUGGACGAGUUGUAUUGGUGAUGGUCAUGUAGUAAUGGUGAUAUCCGACCUGCAUGGGAGGAGAUACUGGGAAGUGAGAUGCGGGGGAUCUGGAGAGCUCGGAACGAAGAUCGGUGUUGAUUCCCCAGAUUAAUGAUUGCGUUCUUGUGUUGGUAUCAUUUAUAUGCCUGGUUUGACAAAAGGACUAGAAGAAUCUCCCAAGCACCAUAUGCCAACCUUCUUCGUUGUCUCCCCCAUCUCAUCAUGCCUUCAGCCGAGAAGCCUAUAAUCAUCCAUAUCGGGGACCCAAUAAAGUACAACCAUGACCUCUACAAACAACUCGAAUCAAAAUUCACCAUCAUCCGCCCUUCAGCAGAAGAACGCCAACGCGAACCCUUCCUUGAAGCUCUUCGCCAAAAGAAAUGGGGUGACUUCCAAGCUGUAAUGCGACCAUUCUGGAUCACAGGCGGGGAAAUGGGACGCUGGGACAAAGAGCUCAUUCCCCUCUUGCCCAAGUCCAUGAAGGUUUAUGCAUCAGCUGGUGCUGGGUAUGACUGGGCUGAUGUUGACAUCAUGGCCGAAAACGGUAUCCUUUAUUGUAAUGGAGCAGCUGCUUCUUCAGAGGCGGUUGCUGAUAUGGCACUUUAUCAUAUCAUUUCGGUGUUCAGAAAUAUGCAGUGGAGUAACAUGGCUGCGAGGGGCAGUGAAGAGGAGUUUCUAGAUGCACAUGCUCAUACGCAACUUACAGCUUUUAAUCCUCGCGGGCAUACACUGGGAAUCGUUGGUCUUGGAAACAUUGGUUAUCAGAUCGCUCACAAGACUUAUAAGGCUCUCGGCAUGCGCAUUGCAUAUUACGAUCCCUUGCCCAAAUCGCCAGAGCAAGAAGCAGCUAUCGAAGCAACGAAUUACCCCAAGCUGGAAGACAUGCUCGCCACCGCCGAUUGCAUCGUCAUAGCUGCCCCAGGAGCGGGCGGGAAGAAGAUCCUCGGCCGUGAAGAGAUUGCCAAAAUGAAGAAAGGGUCACGACUUGUUAACGUUGCGCGCGGGAGUUUGGUAGACGAAGAAGCUGUGGCUGACGCUAUGGAUUCUGGACAUUUGUUUGCAGUGGGCUUGGACGUUUUCGAGGAUGAACCAAGACCGAAUCCGAGGUUGCAAAUUAUGAGGAAUGCUACUUUGACGUGUCAUACUGCUGGUGGUGCACUUGAUACGUCGAUUGGGUUUGAGAGGUUGGCUAUGGAGAAUGUUAUGGCUGUGUUGGAGGGGAGGGAUGCUGUCACGCCAGUGAACAAGCACCUAUUCAAGUAGACUGAAUAAGG